AAAGGAAGAGAGGUUAGUUGUAAACUAUACAAAAUUUGUAUAUCUUUUGUUUUUCAUUAGUAAUCGCAACUGGCGGAAAAACAUUUUUUGGUGUAGCUGUCGAUUUAGUCAAUAAAGGGGAUGAUGACGCUGGUCAUUUACAAAGAAUUUUAGCUAAAAUUGGUAAUUUUUGUAUUAUUAGUAUUACAAUAUUUCUUGUGGCAGAAAUACUUGUGAUGUAUGCUGGAUUUCGAUAUAGUUAUAGACGUGGUAUUGAUAAUUUACUUGUACUACUUAUCGGUAAGUAA